AUGCUGGCUGUCCCAAUGACCGUCACCUACACGGCCAGAGUCGCCAACGCUCGCUUUUGUGGCUUCUCCAAGUUGCUUUUGGCAUGGAAAGGCAGCAUCUACAAGGUGUUAUACAAAGAGUUCCUGGCUUUCUUUGCCAUGUACACGGCCAUCAGCAUCACAUACAGAUUCUUUCUUCCUGAUGACCAGAAGAGGUAUUUUGAGAAGCUGGCAAUUUAUUGCAACUACUAUGCAAGUCUCAUCCCCAUGUCUUUUGUACUAGGUUUCUACGUGACCUUGGUGGUGAACCGCUGGUGGAACCAGUACACCAGCAUCCCACUCCCCGACCGGCUCAUGUGCGUCCUGUCGGGGGGCCUACAGGGCAGUGAUGAGCGGGGCCGCCUGCUCAGACGCACCAUGAUGCGCUACGCCAGUCUGUCGGCCCUGCUCAUCCUCAGAUCUGUCAGCACGGCGGUCUUCAAGCGCUUCCCCACCAUAGACCACGUGGUGGAGGCAGGGUUCAUGACCAGAGAGGAGCGCAAGAAGUUUGAAGGCCUUCACUCUCCGUAUAACAAAUACUGGAUCCCUUGUGUGUGGUUCACCAACCUGGCUGCUGUGGCCCGCUGUGAGGGCCGGAUCAAAGAUGAUCAUACGCUCAAGUUGCUACUGGAGGAGCUGAAUGGAUUCCGGGGAAAAUGCAGCAUGCUGUUUCACUAUGACAUGAUCAGCGUUCCCUUGGUCUACACUCAGGUGGCGACUUUGGCCGUGUAUAGUUUUUUCCUGGUGUGUUUAAUUGGUCGUCAGUUCCUGGAUCCUGAUCAAGGUUAUCCAGGGCACGACCUGGACCUCUACGUGCCGAUCUUCACCUUACUGCAGUUCUUCUUUUACGCGGGCUGGCUCAAGGUUGCAGAGCAGCUGAUCAACCCUUUUGGAGAAGAUGACGACGACUUCGAAACAAAUUGGUUGAUUGACAGAAAUUUCCAGGUGUCCAUGAUGGCGGUGGAUGAGAUGUAUGGAGACGUGCCAAUGAUUGAACGGGACCGCUACUGGAAUGACUCGAACCCCAGACCUCCCUACACAGCUGCAACCCUCUUUGUCCUUCGCAAACCCUCCUUUCAGGGCUCCACUUUCGACAUGGCGAUCCCCAAAGAGGAGAUGCACUUCCAGCCCCUGGAGGAGAUCGCUGAGAACACGGAGGAGACAGUCAGCCGCCACCCCAACAUGGCUCUCUUCAACCGGCUCCUGAACGCGGCCCCCUCGCCCACCGGCCUCAUGGGCGGAGCCCUGCGACGCACCUCGGCCCAGCUGCAGCGUCUGCACCACUCCCCCAGCACCGACCCGUGCAACAGCGACGACGACGACAGCGAGAGUUGCAAGAUCGGCAAAGGAGGGUCUUUGCCUUCUGGGCUGGGUCAGGACACCCAGAGCACGAUUUGCAGUUUCAGGGAGGAGAAGAGCGCCAGAGUGCCUCUGCUGGACAUUGAUUUCCAUGGACAAGCGGCAGACACCACCAGGCAGGUGGAUCAGAGCAUCGAGGAAGACGGCCACACCAGAGAGGAGGAAGAAGAGAAAACUGAGGUCAGUUUUCCCUCUGGAGAGACUCGACCAGACUCCGCCAUUUCCAUCACCCCCCAACAUCAUUCUGCUUUCCUAUUUCACCUGUCUUCCUCUUGUCUGGAGCACUGCAGAUCCCAGCCCAUCAUCAACCACCACAGAGUGGUGCCCGCCUUUGCACAGCCUUCUUUGGGUCUGCACAAAAUGUCCUUCCUCACUGUGCCAUCUAUUGAGCCCCAGCGCCUCCGAAGUGUCAGCAUGGGUUCAGAGCUGACUGGGACUUAAGUGCACCACACUUCCAUGUCAUAGGAACUUUGUUACUGUCAUGCUGGAUUCAGUGCAUCUAAGACAGUGUUUUUUAACCACUGUGCCGUGAGAUACAGUCUGGUGUGCCGUGGGAGAUUAUCUAAUUCCACCUAUUUGGGUUAAAAAUAUUUUUUGCAAACCAGUAAUUAUAGUCUGCAAAUUAUGUGUUGUUGUUGUGUGUCGGUGCUGUCUAAAGCUCGGCAAAGUAACCGUGUAAUACUCUUCCAUAUCAGUAGGUGGCAGCCGGUAGUUAAGUGCUUUGUAGAUGACGGAUACAGCGGGAGGCAGCGUGCAUGUAAAAAGGUGUCUAAUGCUUAAGCCAAAAAUAAACAAAAGGUGAGUGCCCCUAAGAAAAGGCAUUGAAGCUGAGGGAAGGCUAUGCAGAACGAAACUAAAACUGAACUGACUACAAAGUAAACAAAAACAGAAUGCUGGACGACAGCAAAGACUUACUGUGGAACAAAGACGGAGUCCACAAUGUACAUCCAAACAUGACAUGACAAUCAACGAUGUCCCCAUAAAGAAGGAUAAAAACAACUGAAAUAUUCUUGAUUGCUAAAACUAAGUAGAUGCUGGAAAUAUCGCUCAAAGGAAGACAUGAAACUGCUACAGGAAAAUACCAAAAAAAGAGAAAAAGACAACAAAAUAGGAGCGCAAGACAAGAACUAAAACACUACACACAGGAAAACAGCAAACAACUCAAAAUAAAUCACGGCGUGAUGUAACAGGUGGAGACAGUACACCUACUUUGAGACAAGAGCUAUAGUGAUGCAUGCUUGGUUAUGGUUUAAAGUCAUAUCCAACAAUUGCGACAACGACUUUUUACUGUCAACUGAGUUUCGUUUUUUAAUGAUUUCUGCUGUUGGUGUGCCUUCGGAUUUUUUUAAUGGAAGAAAAUGUGCCUUGGCUCAAAAAAGGUUGAAAAACACUGAUCUAAGUCAUAUAACCAUGUACACAUUCCCUUUUGAAUCUCUAGCAGCUACGGGCCGAAUGGUGUCCGACAUAAACACUUCAAAAUGUGUCUUCUGGACUUGAACACAGCACAUUUUUUAUGAAUCUUAUUUUGUUUCCAUCCUUGUGUGACAGUGCAGUUGGGAAGGGAUACAUAUUCCCCAUUCCUAAGGUGGCUCUGUCAGGAGAGGAAGGGGAGGGGCAGUCUGCUGAAAAUGAUGGAAAGCGCCACUCUGCAUAGCAACUGAGCCUGUGGUUAAAGUUGGAAUGACCACAAAACACAACACCAGACAUAAGAUAUUCAACACCGGAUAAUGCAUGCCCGCAAUUUGGCACAUUUCAUGUGUCAGGUAAACCGCCACGAAUGGGGUCAUAUGAAUCCCCUUCCUACUGUAUGUUUCUUCUCGUUACGCCACACAAACUACCACAUGACCAGGUGCUCUUGUUGUGCCAAACAUGUCAAAGAACUACGUACAGUACAGGAGAAAUGUCAUGUCUUAUUUUUGUGGGACUUUUGUUUACCUAAAUCAUGCAUGUACAUAUAAUUAUUUCAGUACCUUCCCACACAGUGCAGUAGGGAAGGAAUACAUAUUCCCCAUUCCUAAGGUGGCUCUCUCAUGAUGGUUAAUCAUUUUGCAGUGCAGUCUGCUGAAAAUGAUGGAAAGCGCCACUCUGCAUAGCAACUGAGCCUGUGGUCAAAGUUGGAAUGACCACAAAACACAACACAAGACAAGAUAUUCAACACUGUACUGGCAGCUAAAGUGGACAAUGCAUCUCCGCAAUUUGUCACAUUUCAUGUGUCAGGUAAACCGCCACGAAUGGGGCCAUAUGAAUCCCCUUUCUACUGUAUGUUUCUUCUCGUUACGCCACACACACUACAACAUGACCAGGUGCUCUUGUUGUACCAAUCAUAUCAAAGAACUACCUCUGUACAGUACAGGAGAACAUUCAUGUCUCAUUUUUUGUAGGACUUCUGUUCACCUAUAUCAUGCAUGUACAUAUAAUUAUUUUAGUACUUUCCCAAAGUUAAAAUACAUAACCAAUAAAGUCUA